ACACAACCUAAUUUAUACAUCUCCAAACCAUACAUGAAAACCUACCAACUCCUCACGACAACACCUAGACAUUCCACAUUCUCAAAUCCUCAACGAUUGCAGUGCAGAAGAACGUUUAUGAUGACGACGAGAUUAUCCAAGGAGCCGAGACGGUUCGCUCCGCUUGGGGCAGGGAUUGAUAAGGGGACUGAGGGGCUGCCGAGGCUGAAGGGGAUUGUGUUUGAUGUUGAUGGGACUUUGUGCUUACCACAGAAUUACAUGUUUCAAUUAAUGAGACAAGCACUGGGCAUUGACAAGUCUGUGGAUAUCCUCGAUCACUGCCAUUCGCUCUCUCCAGAUGAAGAAGCCGCUGCCCUCGAGAAAAUUCGAGCUAUAGAACGAGAGGCUAUGGUAUCUCAACAACCACAACCCGGCAUCGUCCCUUUAAUGGAGUACCUAGACUCUCGAAAGAUCCCACGCGGUAUUUGCACAAGGAAUUUUGACGCCCCUGUAAAUCACUUAUUGACGAAGUUCUUACCAUCCUUUGAGUUCUCUCCUGUUGUGACCAGAGAUUUCAAACCCCCGAAACCAUCGCCAGCGGGGAUCCUACACAUUGCAAAAUCCUGGGGCUUCACGAAGGAGGAGAACGGCGAGGAAGUUGGCGAUGCAGGGAACUUCAUUAUGGUGGGGGAUUCGAUAGACGACAUGACGGCUGGGUUCAGGGCCGGUGCCGCGACGGUGCUGCUUGCGAACGAGGUUAAUGUGCAUCUGGCACAGCAUGAGCAUACUGACCUGGUCAUUUCGAGAUUGGUUGAGUUGGUGAGUAUUCUGGAGGAGGGCUUUGUGGGGCAGAUUGGGAAGGGGGAUGAGGAGAGUGAUACGAAGGCUAGGGCGGCGGGCGCGCUGAGGGAUGGGAAGGGAGAGAGCAGUGCGGUUUAGGGAUGAGGAUUAUCGCUGCUGUAGAAGUUCCAACGUUGAAUUCCAUAGACGUUUUCAGGGUGGCUUGGGAUAUUGAUUCCAUGGACUCGAUCAGCCAAGCAUUUUGAUCUUGACAUUGUAUCAAGGUUCGGGAGAGAUUUCACAUAUCAACAGCCAAGAUGAAGCAGAAGGGAU